AUGACCACGCUCCCUUCAUUCGUUGAACUGAUAUCUACACUGGGUGUUGAUUCAGCCUCUAAGGCGCUGGAUCACCCGACAUCUUCGCCUCGUUCUCGUUCUGCCUCGCCACACUUACUGUAUUCGCCCACAAGUUCGCGAGAUCGGAGUGCCCGUCAUACUUCCCAAGCUCGCUACUCACCAUAUUCUCCAACACUUUCUUCUAGACGUGGGAGUGUAUCCUCUUCAUCAACAUCAACAUCUUCAUCUUCUCCUGAUCUUGAGCGGCGUGUCUUGCCCAAGGAUCCCCAGAAUCAUCCAGGCUCACCUCGUAUUCGUAAACGGAAGGACAACAAGCUGACAGUCAAUGUUUUUGGCUCGUCUACAGACCUUUCCGCCACCACACCAAUAUCAAUCUAUGUUCGUCGGAAGACACCCGGUGCCUCCCCUAUAACCUCCAUCUUCCUUCCGGAUUCUCGUGAUACAUCACCACAUCUGCUCACCCUACCUACUCUUCCGUCCCUCUUUCCUUUAUCCCCCAAUUCCGACCACUUCCCUAUAACACCAGACUCGGAUGAAAAGCGUCCUUUGUCUGAUCGCAAUGCCAAUUCGCCCUCUCCUUCUCCUGUUAUUAAGGCCAAGGCAAUCCCCGACUUGCUAGAAGGCCAUGUUUUCGGUCGCUUUCGCUGUCACACUGGUACUCGGAUUUCUACGCCACCUCGCUCCGCCGAUGGCGAAAGACAUCCAAGGCCGUAUACUGUUUACCUCGAGAGCUUCAGUCAGGAGAUAACGUUGUAA